ACACACACGCACACUCAUGCUCACACAUUUCCUCUCCAUCAGACCCGUGCAGCAGCCUCAGAGAUGGAGAGCUGUUAGAAGUGCCUCAGUCUCCGCAGCAGCAGCAGCAGCGGCCGCUCUCCCUCGUCGCUCCGGUGGAUGUUGGAUGUACCAUGAGGUCUUCGCGGCUCUGGGCAGCUCUGUGCAUCCUCCUCACGGCCUCCUGCCGUCUCUGCGCGGCCGGCCGACAUGGUUGUUUGUUUGAAAAGAAUCUCUGUCCGAGAGAUCAGCUGUGCAGCGAUGACGGUUUGUUCGGACAGUGCCAGGCUCCUCGCCAGGAGCCCGUCCAGUACCAGGUGUCUGUCCCCGUCCUGCACAGACUGCAAGAAGUCCUCAAAGACCUGAUGGUGCAAGGUCUGACCUGGAAAGACGACGUCACCCAGGCGAUCAUCGGCCGAGAGUUGAGUCGCGUCCCCACGGUUGGCUCCAAAUCUCAUGAGAAGUCGCCAAAACAGUUGUCCAGACCGUCGGGCCCCAGUCAGCGGAGGGUUCAGGGGCCCAAGGAUCCAGCUGACCCCGAGAUGAUGCAGCAGUACGUGGACUACAUGAUCCUGGACCCGUCCCGGUCCUCCGUCCACAUGCAGACGCCCCUGCUGGACCCUUACACCUACAACCAGCAGCAGUACGGCUACCAGGACGAGGAGGAGCGCUCCCUCAACUCUCUGGACGAUAACCCAGCCUUCCCGCUGCUCGCCGCCCCCGCUCGCUCCAGAUCCCGAGGAAACCCUUUGGACAGAGACAGACAGCUCCUCCAGGACCUGCUGUCCUUUUACCUCACCUCCCCUUCCUCUUCCUCUUCCUCUUCCUCGUCCUCCCCUGUGCAGUCCCUGUCCCGCCACAGAGGGGCGGUAGCAGCAGCUGCAGGAUUUCCCUCUUCGCUGUCCGCCUCAUCCUCCUCGUCCUCCUCUUUCUUCCCGGAGGUGGAUUUCCCGCUGGACUACAGCGAGGACUACGUUUCCCAGGUGGCUCAGCUCAGCAGGCAGCAGCAGCAGCAGCAGCAGGAGCAGGAGCAGGAGCAGGAGCAGGCGGAGAAGAAGGCGCAGGAAGAGUAUGACGCGCUGUCCGGACUGGAUGAGCGCUCUCUGCAGAGGCUGGCUCUGCUGCUGGAUCACUACGGCCUGGAAAUGAAGGACUUGUCCCCCGACCAGAAAGACGACCUGCCGGCCAUCGUCAAGCAGCUGCAGCUGGAUGGCUCCUACGCCCACAAACACACCAAAGAGGAAUAUGGGAAGAAUGCUGCCACAGGAAAGAAGGUCACAGAGGGUUCAAUGGCGUAUAAGACGACCGUCCCCGAGGCUCCGCCCUCCACCAACGAGCCUCCCAAACCUGGAGGAGCCCCGAAAGACCCGACCCCCGCUGUCGCAGCCAGCCGGGACAAUCUAAGGAAGGGUGAAGUGGCGGCCCACACCGAGGAGUACGGCUACAUCGUCACCAAUCAGAGCCCCCUUGUACUGAACGACGGUGUGCGAGUGCUGCAGCUGCUGUCGGAGAGGAUUGGUCUCUCCACCGGCUCCUUCAUCAACAUCAGCGUUGUGGGACCUGCGAUCACCUUCAGGAUCAGACCCAACUCCAAGAACCUGACGGCUGCAGAUGUGGCAGAGAAAGCCGUUGCCGAGAAGAACUUCCUGGAGUCUGAGACGGGCCUGAAGGUGCUGCAGAGCGGGGUGGGAGAGAGGAAUGAUGGGAAGUCAAUGCCCCUGGCGACCCGCGUCCAGCCAAGCGGCUCCCGUGCGGUCUUCGCCACGCUGGUGGCCAUGGCCUGCAUCGGCAGCAUCCUGGUGGCGGCCAUGACCGUCGCCUGCCUGCGACACCACGCCCACCGUCUGGCAGUCAAGAAGCUGGGUCUGGGACCAGAGGGGGGCACUUUCAACCACCAGGAGUACCAGGACCUGUGUCGCCAGCACAUGGCAUCCAAAGGCGCCUUCGGGCGUCUGGAAGCUGCUGCCCUCGGCGCCGUGGGAGGAGCGAGCGGAGGAGGAGGAGGAGGAGGAGGAGGAGGAGGAGGUGCGGGAGCAGGAGGAGGUGCUGGCGCGGGAGUUGGAGGAGCAGCAGGAGGCGGAGGAGCCGACUCGAGGGUGAGCAGUGUGUCGUCCCAGUUCAGCGACGGAGCCCAGCCCAGUCCCAGCUCCCACAGCAGCACGCCGUCGUGGUGCGAGGAGCCGGCCCAGGCCAACAUGGACAUCUCCACCGGACACAUGAUUCUGGCCUACAUGGAGGACCACCUGAGGAACAAGGACCGCCUGAUGAAGGAGUGGGAGGCUCUGUGCUCCUACCAGGCCGAGCCCAGCACCGUCUCUGUGGCUCAGAGCGACGCCAACGCCAAGAAGAACCGCUGCCCUGACUCUGUCCCCUAUGACCACUCGAGGGUGAAGCUGAAAGCGGAGGUCAACCCGUCACGCUCCGACUACAUCAACGCCAGCACCAUAAUUGAGCACGACCCCCGGAUGCCGGCCUACAUCGCCACCCAAGGGCCCCUGUCACACACCAUCUCCGACUUCUGGCAGAUGGUGUGGGAGAACGGCUGCACUGUGAUUGUGAUGAUGACCGCUCUGGUGGAGGACGGAGAGAAGCAGUGCGACCGCUACUGGCCCGACGAGGGAUCGUCCCUCUACCACAUCUAUGAGGUGAACCUGGUGUCAGAGCACAUCUGGUGUAACGACUUCCUGGUGCGAAGCUUCUACCUGAAGAACGUGCAGACGCAGGAGACCCGGACGCUCACCCAGUUCCACUUCCUCAGCUGGCCGGCGCAGGGCAUCCCCACCUCCACACGCCCGCUGCUGGACUUCCGCAGGAAGGUGAAUAAGUGCUACCGAGGACGCUCCUGCCCCAUCAUCGUGCACUGCAGUGACGGUACCGGCCGCUCUGGGACUUACAUCCUGAUCGACAUGGUUCUCAACCGUAUGGCUAAAGGCGUGAAAGAGAUCGACAUCGCUGCGACGCUGGAGCACGUCCGUGACCAGCGGCCCGGGAUGGUCCGCACCAAGGACCAGUUUGAGUUUGCCCUGACAGCCGUUGCUGAGGAGGUCAACGCCAUCCUCAAAGCUCUGCCCCAGUGAAAGCAGUCCUGUCUGACGGACCCCCCCUGCCCGUCGACACCUGUCUGACCUUUCUCUCUAUGACGACGACGACGAUGAUGAUGAUGAUGAUGAUGAAGAACAGCGUUGUGCUUCUCUAUCUGCCUGUCAGGUGAUUUCUUGAAACAAAAAGGUGAUGUCAAAAAAAUUUAAAACAGCUGUUAGGAACGAUCGAGCAGGUAUAUAUCUGAUUUUUAAGUGUUUGUGGCACAAAUAGGAUGCGUUCAGGGACGUUCAGAGGGUUAAAAAGUGUUGCAUUCACAGCUAAUUCGAAUAAAAAUGAAACCAGGAAGAUAAAAGAAUGAAGCUGCAUGUCCCAUCAGAAAUCCCUCUGGAGUUCAGGUUCAUUUUGGUUUCUUUUUUAUGCUUUUAUUUUAGUCUUUGAUUAGCAUCUUUUAAACUGCCUUCAACCCACAUGCAUGGUAUCUUUUUCUUUUAGCGCAAAGUCAGCUACAAGUCUGACUACUUAUUUAGUUAAUUUAACAAAGUAUAAAGCUGCCAGGAACCCAAAUUACAGGAAAAAACACCCAGGCGUCUAUAGAAAUGUACAAAUCUUUAGUUAUUAUCACUCAGAAUAUUAUUAUAGAACACUUUAAGUUUAUAAAAAAUUAUAUUUCAUUUCAUUACUUAUAUCCACAAUUGCAGCAGAAAAAAAAAAUAAAGAAAUAAAACAAUGCAUUCACAUGCAAAGUGAUUUUAUGUCUUUAACUGGUUUUCUGAGAUUUGUCGCUCACACUCUCAGCUCUGUCUCUCCACGAUAUAUAAAUAAAGUUAUGUUACUAUAAAUAAAAGGCGCUCAGUGUAUUCACAGAUGAACAGACUCCAGAGGUCAUUUUUUAAAAUGACUGUCAUGCCUCAUAAAUUAAAACCACCAACCUGAAUGCAUUUUCUGAACCAUCUGACUGCAUGUGAAUGAGCCACAGACUAUUUAAACAUCAGAAGUCCAGCCUGAAGCUCUAAUUUAAGCCAGAUUGAAGCAACCAUUUAUUUUUCCUCUUAUAUGUGGUUGAAGUUUGUUGAAAUUGUGCUGCUGUUGGGUCAUGGUCUCAGUAUGGAAUCAAAAUGAUUGAAAAUGGAUUUGAAAGCAUCCGAAGGUUUAAAGGAUUGUUUCCCUGCUCGGCCUGUAGCUUCCCUUCCUCUCCUCACACCUCUUUGUGUGCCAUUCAGAUCAUUUGAAGUCCCUGGAUAUAUUGUUGUAUACCUCAUGCAAGUCAGAAAAAUAACUAAAAAAAAUAUAAAAAAGAAAUGCUAUUCUCUGAAAAGCUAUUUUGUAUAUGUGAGAUAAAUUAAAUCUUUUUGUGUUUAAGUGCUGCAA